AUGGCUGCAUAUUUAACGUCUGAUUGUCUUACGAAUAUCCUUUCAUAUUUUGACUCGGAUCCGCAUUCUUUACAUUCUUUCCUUUUGGUAAAUCGUUAUUGGUGCAUUAAUACAGUACCAUUAUUAUGGCGACGUACUUUUUAUCUUACAGCACACGGAUCUUUUUCAUCAAAAAGUAGAUGUAGAUUAAUCUCCACAUAUCUAACCUGUUUGGCAUCAAAUAAACCGAAUUCGCCAAAUUUAGAUUGCGGUAUUACAAUCACAUCUCAUAAAUCUGCCAUACAUGCAUCAUCAUCGAACAUUACAAGAAAUAUACAAAAUCAUUUCUCAUUUGCGCAACAGAAAUCAUUGACAUUUGACUAUGUGUCAUUUUUGCGAGGAUUCGAUUAUUUUCAAGUAUAUUAUGCGAUUGGAAAUUGGUAUGCAAAUCAAUCGUCGGAAAAGAAACAAUCAAUUGAAUUCAUAAAAAUCUUUGGAAUGGAUGAUGAUGAAUGUAGGAAAUUAAUGAUCACCAAAGAAUUAAUCACUUACAUAUUAAAUCAUUCUCCAAUAAUUGAUUAUUUAGCACUGGACGCCGAGUCAACAAUACCAUCUGAAUUUACUUCAAUUGGAAAAUUUCCUGGUGCUACAAUUUGUUUAUCUUAUAUUCGAACCUUUAUUUGUCGUGGCAGUUCAAAAAAAUUAGAUUCGUAUAUAGUCCUUUCCAAGAUAUGUAGAAACGUUGAAAAUAUGACAAUUUGUGGAAUUGGUGAAGAUGAUUCAAAUGCCGAAGGGUUAUCUAAUUUUAUAAGAAAACAACGUAAUUUACGUAAAUUCGUAUUAUGGGAUGGAACUAAUGAUCAAAUGCCAAAAGUCAUUAAAGCUUUAUCGGUUAAUCCAUUAACAACUUUAAAAUUUAUUCGAUGCGGAGAAAUUUCAAGUAACAUUACACUAUCCUUUUCGAGAUCUUUAUUUCCUAAUCUACGCGAUUUGGAUUUACAAGAGACUCAUUUUCCGGCCGAUACGUUAGAAGCAAUUUUUCAUCACGCGAAUGUUAAUUUGCUUUCAAUUAAUAUUGAAGCGGAUUCAAAUCAACAUUUUCGUAUAAUAGAAAAAUUGGCUUCUAAUUGCCCAAACAUAACAAAACUUCAUGCAAAGUUAUCCAAGAAUGGAAUGGGACAACUUAAUUCCUUAUUUCGUUCUUGUAAGCGUUUAGAAACAAUCAUAUUACAAGGUCAUCUUCCGAGUCGUCUAUACAUAUUUGCACAGGAUGCUAAUGAUGAUUUAUUAAUUAAUCUUCGCGAAGUCAUACCAGCUAGUUUGAAAAAAUUUGUGGUGAAAACUGAUUGUGCGUUCACAGCAUCGGCCGUUGAUACUUUUCUUCGUGAAUGUAAAGCUGAUUUGAAUAGAUUGGAGUUUAUUUCUUAUGGAAGUGUUUGGCAGCAUUUGAACGUUAUAAAAAGGUAUGCAAGAAAACAUAGAUUGGAGAUUAAGCAACAAAUUGCUGGUAACUAUAAAGAAUUAUUAAUGAGAGAAUUAGCGUAA